UUGCUAGUUUCGUGCCAGUGUUACACCGACACUCGGCGCGGUGGGUUCCGUCGCCAUCGUCUAUUAAAUUUCUUCUAUUCUUACGUGAUAAGUUUCAGUGCAAAUAAAAAAAUAUUUUCAUGUGAAAACCUUAAGUGGGAUAUUUGCAGUCUACUCACUUGGAAUUCCCUUUUGAAAUUGAUAAUCCAAGAUGGCGACCUCAGUGCUCCAACCUGGUGAAGAGGUGCUCCAACACGAGCCCAAGUCCGACUUAGACUCGCGAGUCUCUGAGGAUGAGAGGCUGCAGAUAUUAGAAGCUAAGGAAAGAGAGACGGGAGAACUGCCUCAGGAACUAAGGGAGAGGGCCAGAAGAGAGUUGAGGGAAGAGCCAGCGUUGAGGGAGCAGGCGUUGGCGCAACUGAGGCAUUUUAUUGAGAAACACCCGGCGAUUAGGAAGUGUAGAACUGACGCCCCCUUCCUCCUCCGCUUCCUCCGCACCAAGAAGUACUCCAUACCCCAAGCUUGUUCCAUGCUGGAGCGGUACCUGACCAUCAGACAGAUGUAUCCGCAAUGGUUCCAGAAACUGGACCCUCUCGACCGUAAGAUAGCGGCCGUCAUCGACGCCGGGUACCUCGUGCCGCUGCUCAAGAGGGAUUCCGAGGGGAGACGGGUCGUGUUGUCUUGUAUGGGGCGCUUCGACCCCCACCUGUAUGACAACUGUGUGAUGGCGCGCGUCCACUCAAUGAUCGUCGAGCUGCUCCUUGACGAACCGCGCUCCCAGCUCCUGGGCUACACGCACGUCAACGACGAAGCCGGCAUGCAGAUGCCACACGUCAGUCUAUGGUCGCUCACUGAUGUCAGAAUCAUGCUUAACUGUAUACAGAAUUCAACACCAAUGCGGCAUAAACGAACUCAUUUCGUGAAUAUACCUAACUAUGGAAUCAAAUUCUUCGAGUUUGCUAUAUCAUUACUAAGUGAUAAGCUGAAGGAUCGAGUAAUGUUUCAUCGUACAGCUGAAGACCUCACAAAACACGUCGAUCCAGCUAUUUUGCCAAAGGAGUAUGGUGGCACAGUACCUUUAAAGGACAUGAUUGAAGAAUUAAAACGAAAGCUUUUAAAACACAGGGAGGCUCUCUUAGCUUUAGAUGACAUGUGUAUCGAUUUAUAUGCUCUUGAAAAAAAUGACCUUACCCAGGACAUACACUCAACUGCUGGAUCUUUCCGAAAACUUGAAUUAGAUUAACUUUUGAAUAUGUUCAUUUAAAAGUAAUACGCAAUAGGUAUUAUUAUUUUAUUGUAAAAUUAAUUUUACAUUGAAAGUUGUGAUGAUAACAUACUUUGUUGACAAUUUUUAAUGGUGGUAUAUUUGAGUUUAUCGGGCAGGCCAGCCUACUUUAAUUAAGAUUAGUGAAUAUAAACUUACAUUAUGAUAAAAUUAUUAUUACGCUGUUAUAGAUUUAUCUAUAUUAUAUAGAUUAUACUACUAAAUGUUAUAGAUUUAUUAUAUUAACAUUGAAACUAGACGCUUACUACCUACAAUAACAUUUAGCGACAAAAUAUUAAUCACAUACGCGAUGUUUAAAAUAUAGCGCUCUUUGGGCCUGAUAACCACAUUUUGGUAAAAUGUAUUAUUGUCAUUCUGACGGAUGAACUUAUUAUUAGAUAAAUCUGCCUGAAGUUAUGCAGCAUUUAUCUAAAAAAUAGUAAAGAUAUAUUACCCUAUCAGCUAGCGGUGAAUAAGGCCCGUAAUAGAAGUAAUAAUGAGAUUCUUGACGUUUAAUUUUAACCAAAUAGAUCUCAUAUUAUGAAACAUUAUUUCAUUCGUAGAUUACGUAACUACUUUAGUAGGUAUUUCAGUUUUUUUCUUUUUUCGUUUCUAUUUUUUUCCCCCCAUUUCAUCAUCUUAUAUAUUUAAGAAGCUAGCGAGCUAGAAGCAGCCGUUGGUGGUGUCACGUUACCAUUCACAUCUGGGUUUUUCCAUCAACAUAAAAUUUUUCACACAAUAAUUAUUUAUAAGAUAUCUUGUCACCAUGACAACCUGACAGCUGCUUUUGAUUAUUAUUGUCCAUUAGGAUAAUAAGAUUCUUGCUAUGUGUGACUACUCCGUAUGUACUGUCAUCGGAACUCUUAAUUUUAAGAAAUGUGAUGGUCUGCUUGGGUGCUAAUGAUUUGAAUUCUUAAUUUGUAUUUUUAAGAAAGACUCUGAACACUAUUAUUAAAUUUAUCGCAUCUUG